AUGAGUUGGGAUUUUGAACUGGUAGCGGGACCCUACGGCGGCACCACCGAAGGUGCGGUUUGGGACGGCGAGGCCGUCAUCUUCUCCCACAUACCCGCGAGUCGCCUGCUGCGGUAUGACCCCAGGACUGGGGAGACCACCGAGUAUUUCACCAACGUCAACCACGUCAAUGGGCUCUGCUUCGACGUUUCCGGCAACCUGUUCGGCUGCCAGCAGGGCGGGCGGCGCAUUGUCCGGUUCGAAAAGGACGGCCAGACCAUAACCUCGCUGCCUCACAUGCUGGACGGAAAGCGGCACAAUAACCCCAACGACCUGGUGGUGGACCGGUCGGGCCGCAUCUGGUUUACCGACCCCUACAGCGGCAUCGGCGACAGCGGUCCCCAGGAACUGGACCACAUGUCGGUCCUGCGGCUGGAUCCCACGGGCGACGGCGACUACGAACUGUCGCGGGUAACCACUGACAUCAGCCGGCCCAACGGCGUCAUUAUCUCCCGCGACCAGAAAACCCUGUACGUAGCCCAGAGCGACUACGGGCUGGAUCGGCUUCGGGAACUGCGGGCCUAUCCCAUCAACGACGACGGGUCACUGGGCCAGUACGAGACCCUGCACACCUUCGGCGUUGACCAUCGUGGCGCCCAGCGCGGCGUGGACGGCAUGACUCUAGACACCGACGGCAACAUCAUCGCCUGCGCCGGCUGGGAAAGUGGCGGCCCCGGCCCCAUGAUCUACGUCUUCUCUCCCGAAGGCCGGGUGCUGGAAACUCACCCCAUUCGCGCCGAGCGGGCCACCAAUUGCUGCUUCGGAGACGCCGACAUGAAAACCCUCUACGUAACCACUGGCGGCGGCCACCUCUUCCGCGCUAGGACGGACCACACCGGCUGGAUAAUGUGGCCGUAA